CAACCACCACCGAAGAAGCUGCAGUACCACACGUGUUGUAGCAGCAUAGUGUCAACAUGGGCAAAAGACGGCAGAAAAACCAGCUUUUUACAAAUUUAUCAAAAAAACAGAAGAAACACUUGAAAGAGUUUGGAGAGGAGCACCCAUUCCACGACGUAGUUAAUGAAAGAACUCAAGUAGUGGAACUGCCGCCAAGCCCAGAACAAUCUGACGGAGAACCUGAGGAGCUGGUAGAGGGGGAGGAAGGUGAGGAUGAAGAACCGGAGCAGAAAACAGCCUAUCAGAAACUUCUCUCAACUCUCAGCCAGCCCGCAGGCAACACCCAGAGUGAAGAAAGCUCUGAUGAUGAAGAGGAAGAAGAGGAGCUUCUUGGUGAAGAGGACAGUGAUGGAGUUGGAGAUGAAAGUGAGGAUGGUGAUGAAGAUGCGCAAGGAGAGGAGGAAGCAGCAGAUGCAGAUGAAGCUUUGACCGACGCGAGAGAAGAGGAAGUGGAGGAGAAGACAGAGGAGGGACAUGAUGAAGAGUUUGUAGACAAGGAGCAUGAGUCUGAGUUCUGUCUGGAGACCAACUUCGGGGCUGAAGGGGAUCAGGAGGACACUGAAAACUCUGGACAACAUGAAGACAGUGACGACUUGUUUUUACAACAUUUGGACACAGAGCUCAGUGAAGACGAUGUGGAGAAGAUGACAUCUGCCUCCAAAUCCAAGACUCAGAUUGCGUGGCCUAAACUGGGAACUCUUCUCUGUUCCAAUCCUCUUGAGAAGUUUGGCCCCAUUGGCCCUCAGAAAGAAACAAGCCUCCCAGUUUUCCACAAACUUUUGGAGACCUCCUGGAAGGAUCUGAACCAAACCUCCAAUCCUAAAGAGGUGGCUGAAGAGGUCAGCCCUCUCCAACUGGAGUUGCUGGCCCUCAUGGGCUCUUACAAGGAUCUAUACUACCCAGAAACAUGUCCUCUUAACCAGGGCCCAUAUGUACGCAAUGCAUACUGCCUCCAUGUGCUCAACCAUGUGCUGAAGGCCAAUUCCAGGGUCCUGGCUCACAAUGCCCAGCUAAGAGAGCGUAAAGCUCAAGCUAAAGCUCGAGCUGAGCCGCAGGAUGAACCCAGGGACCAAGGACUCACCAGACCUAAGGUCCUGAUUCUCGUUCCAUUCCGGGGCGUCGCUCUGAAAGUCGUCCAUACACUUAUCAGCCUGCUGGAGACCAAAGGCAAGAAGGUCGUGGUAAGCAAUAAGAAGAAGUUCAAAGAACAGUUUGGGGAGGAUCCGGAUGACAAGCCGCCCAGUCUGCAGAGGCCAGAUGAUUAUCACGCUAUCUUUUCAGGCAACGUGGAUGAUCACUUCAGGAUAGGUAUCUCCAUUGUGAGGAGCAGCAUACGUCUCUACGCCCCCUUCUACUCGUCCGACAUCAUCAUCGCGUCUCCUCUGGGCCUUCGCACUGUGUUGGGAACAGAGGGUCAAACUAAGAGAGACUUUGACUUCUUGUCCUCCAUUGAGCUGCUGGUGGUGGACCAGGCAGAUGUUUACCUCAUGCAGAACUGGGAGCAUGUCUUGCAUGUGAUGAAGCACAUGAACCUUCAGCCGCUGGACUCCCAUGGAGUGGACUUUUCCAGGGUGAGGAUGUGGAACCUGAACAACUGGGCCAGACACUACAGACAGACGUUGGUGUUCAGCUCCAUCCAGGACCCACAGAUCAACAACAUCCUUACCAAACACUGCUCCAACUACCGUGGACAGAUUUCCACCAAGAACAUGCCUAAGACAGGUUCCAUCUGCCAGGUGUUGGUUCAACUACCCCACGUGUUUCAGACCUUCUCUUCUGACAGCUUCAUUGACCACGAUGCUCGGUUUCAGUUCUUUGUAGAUAAAGUGCUGCCCCAGUACAGGGACUCGGUUAUGUCCCACACUCUGAUCUUCAUCCCUUCGUACUUCGACUACGUUCGGUUGCGCAACUACAUGAAGAAGCAGGACAUGAACUUCGCCAGCAUCUGUGAAUAUUCCAGCAAAUCAGAGGUGUCCCGUGCCAGGCACUUCUUCCAGAAAGGACAGAGACAGUUCCUGCUCUUCACUGAGCGCUUUCACUUCUACAAAAGGUACACCAUCAAAGGCAUCCAGAACCUGGUAUUUUACGGAUUGCCGUCCUUCCCCCACUUCUACAGCGAGGUGUGUAACAUGCUGGCAGCAGGGAGUCAGGGGGAGGAGGCCAGCUGGACCUGCACUGCCCUCUACUCCCGCUACGACGCUCACAAACUGGCCGCCAUCACCGGGGCGCAGCGAGCCGGACAGAUGCUGCACUCCAGCAAGACUGUUCACCUCUUCAUUACAGGAGGGGAAGACAAAGCCUCAUGAAGGAGCUGGUCAGAUACAAGAGGGACUAAAACCAUGGCAGACAUCUGCUGGUCUCAUUAAACUGGUUUUGCAGCAGCUAAGAACGUCACUUUCAGUCACACCUGAGCAGUGUUGACGUUCUUUUUUGUUUGAUGUAUUAUAGCUGGAAGGCUUAGAAACAUUACACGGUGAUGUGACUAUAAAACAGUGACCUGGUUUGUAAAUUACAGUAAUGACUUAUAAGAGCUUGUAAAAACAUCACUCGCUGAUUGGCUUCAUGUUUAUUGUCAUGCAGAAGAUUUAUAUUUAUAACAACAUGUUAUUGGCGCCCUAAAAUAAUCAGUUGGUUUUUUAUGAUGUGGUACAGAGGCACAGUAGUAUAAAAUCACUUCAAAUGAAA